CAAGAGAGCAAGCGUAAACACCCCUCAGAGGAUGGCGGAAGAAAUGUUCCCCCAGGACAUGGUGUUUCAAGGUGCGAAAUUAAAUUAGAAAACUCGCGAUCAUGUGUGAUUCGUGACUUGAACCCACUGUAGUUAUGGGCGGUAAAUAGCAUGGAAACCAUCUUUACAUUACUUGACAAUGAACUAUGCGUCGCUGGAACAUGCACUCUUCACGAUUUCGUGCAAGGCUAAGCAUGCACGCAGACUUGGUGUGACUUAGCGGGACGAUGAGAGACAUUGUGCAGGGUCAGAAGCUGCCAUUUCUGGACUCCUUCAGGGAGAUGGUGCUAUCGGUGGUAGAGAGGCUCAAACCGGGCCUGAACCACCACCACCACCACCACAACUACCAGGAGACGGCCCUUCCCAACCUCCAGGAGGAGGAGGAGGAGGAGGCCGAGCAACAGGAGGAAGAGCAGCAGCAGCAAGAGGAGAACCUUGACAACAGACAAUAUCAUCUACAACCCGGCCAGGUCUUGGCUGCCACGCUCACCUCCGGCCACGUGCUAGUGAAGGCGGCUCUGUGGGACAAUGCUGAGCUGCUUGAGGACCUACUAAAUGGUGAUCAGUUGGCUCACCUGGACUGCAGGGAUGCAUGGGGCCGGACGCCACUGCAUGCAGCCGCCACAACCGAGUCUUCCAGGUGCCUCCGAAUCCUCCUUCAAGCUGGGGCCGAUGCUAACAUGGCCUCGGGACCCCGAGCCGAAGGACGGACUUGUCUGCAUAUAGCCUCAGAACAUGGAGCAGUGGAGAACAUCCGCUUGCUGCUUGACCAUGGUGCUGACCUUUUGGCUAAGGAUGCCAAUGGACUUACAGCCUUAGACUUGGCAGAGCAGGGUGAACACACACAGUGCAUGACCGUCCUCAAAAAUGCUGCAGAUGCACGUGAACUCGCUCGCCAAGAGCUGCACUCUGCCCUACGUGAGUCCUGCAGUAGGGGAGAUGUCUCGCGGGCCAAGGCCAUCCUGCGGGAUCUCGGUGCAGAGGCUCAGAUCAUCAUCAACUCUGCACCUAAUGGCUCCAACACGUUACUUUUCAAGGCCUGUGAGGAAGGUCAGCGUGAGAUGGUGCGGCUCCUGCUGGAUCAUGGGGCAGAUGGCAGGAUCCACCCUGUCACAAAAUACUCCCCGCUCUAUAUUGCUUGCUACUAUGGCCGCAGAGAUAUAGCUGAAAUGCUGCUUAAGAGUUGGAAUGGAGCAAACAAUGAGCAGCCCCUCGUCCCUCUCAUGCGUUGCCUCAACACAAACACAAAAUUUCCUGCCUUGGUGAGUGUGUCCACUGUAGAGCGAUGGUUACCACUACACGCCUGCAUCAUCAAUGGCCAUACAGCUGUAUUAGAGCUGCUGCUCAAGUUCCCUUAUCCAGAUGAUUCACUACGGAAAUACUGGGACAAGACUGGACAAUAUGAAUAUGAAAUGGCCUUUGACAUUAACAUGAAGGACGUAACAGGCCAAAGUGCAUUGUACCUGGCCUGCUAUGUUGGGAACCAGAAGCUUGUUGACCUCCUCCUCAAACACAAAGUGCAAGGAGUUAAAUUAAAGACCAAAGAAGAACAGGAGAGAGAGAGACAUGAAAAGGAACAGGACGACAGUAGUAAUGACUCAAAAUCCAGUAGUAGAGAAAACACUAAAACCAAUAUCAACUUAAAUGUAGACUUGGUGGAGAAGACUGAUGAAGUAGCCAGCCCAACUAAGCACAGGAUUUCUGGUGGUAUUCAAGCUCUAAUGUCGAAGUUAAACCUUGUCAGGACAGAUAGCAACCAAAAGGACAACAUGAUUUCACCACUUGACAUUGAUAUGUACUGUAAUAGUAACACAGAGACAGCGUUACACAUCGCAGUCAAGAACAAGCAUCACAGCAUUGUGUCAAUGCUUUUGACAGCAGGAGCAAACCCUAACCUACGUGUGUACCUGCCUGAUGAUGAGAUGGCCAGGCUCGCUGAAGACGAAUAUAUUUUCACGGGGUCGACUGCACUGGUAGAGGCAUGUCGUAACCGAGACUUGGGUAUGCUGGACCUGCUGCUCAAGAGCCACGCCAGGGAUGACGAGUGCAAAGCUCUCUUCAUUGCUGCCCAUGCCAAGGAUGAAAUCAUUGUGUCCAAAUUACUGGCACUCAAGGCUCAUCCUGAUCCAGAAUUUAAAGUUAACAAGAGGGCCCUUGAGAUAAAACCGAGCCAACAGUUUAGUUCUCUUGGUGUGGGAAAUGCUGGAGGAGUCUACUCAUCCCUGGCUCCAACCACACCGGUAAUGAUCAACUGGCAUGGACAACGCUGUCUUUCAUAUUUAAAGGACCAAUGGUUAGUGGAUGCAUCAGUGAACCUCAAUCCCAAGUUAAAGCUGAGUCCACGUAAUCAAGUUAUUGCACUCUAUGCAAUCACACGCUUGGACAUUUCUAACAACGCUUUAACUGAACUGCCUGACAUGAUCUUCCAACUUCCUAGUCUGAAGACCCUAAAUGCAGCCCAGAAUAAAAUAGAGAAAUUGCCUCCAACCAUUGGACAGUUUAUUGAUGGCACGAUGACGCUACCAAGGAAAGGAUCCAAGAAAGAACUCAUUAUAGGCCCAGUAUCAGUGUUAGAGGAAGUUCAUUUACAGGAUAACAGACUAGAUUCUCUGCCAGAUGGCAUCUUCACACUUCCCACCCUACAGCUUCUUGAUGUAUCAAACAACAAGUUAUCAACAUUACCCUACAAGAUAUGGACGGCUCCAAAAUUAAGAGAGCUCAAUGCUUCUCUUAACCUACUACAUGACCUCCCCAUUCGACCAGAUGGACUAUGCCAUGAUUCAGGGAUGAGUUCAGAUGCAAUGAGUGAGAUGAGUGAUGAAGACAGCAUGUCAUCAACUAGUGACCUACAUCUUAGUCUCUUGGAUGAUCCAACAGACGAGUCUCCUGCACGGCGAAAGACCCCAGACACUAGAGGAGUGCUUUCCUUGGGGAAACACGGAAAUGUCAUCACAUGUUGCCGUCGUCGAGAGCUGAAGCAUCACAGCUUGUGGUCCAAUUCAGUUGAGAUUCAAGAGUCACUAGUGGGUGUGAGAGAGACAGAAGAAGAAACACUGUCUAAUCUACAAUCUCUCAACUUGUCUCACAAUGCCUUUACAUCCGUUCCUAGUGGUUUGGCUUGCCUGGCACUCUCCCUUAACCGUCUCAAUCUUAGCUAUAAUAGACUAAACGAAAUGGGUUCAGCCAGCAGUUACCCAGUUGGGUUGAAGCAGUUAGACCUGUCUCACAAUCGUAUCCGAGCCUGGCCCACUGUGGCCCAUAGUGAGUCCCUGGAAAGCCUCGAGUCUACUUUAUCAUCUUGUUAUGCUCUCGCAGAACUCUCAAAGAGUAGCAGAUUUUUAUGUCAAGCUAGAACUAGUAAACACCUACCCUUUUCCUUCCUCCCACAACACAAUUCUAUAGGCCGCAAGUUUGGCCAGAAUCUGAACGUGCCUCGAGUAAGAGGGGGUACAAGUUCUCCUCUUGGUACUUCCCCUACGCCUGGUCACUGCAUCCAUCGUCGUCAUAUUCGCCUAGAAUCUCUGCGAACGUUAAUCUUGGCUGAUAAUCAGUUGACUCGACUCUGCCUGUAUCUAGAUGACAACGAAUUUUCAUUACUGAAUGAAGUUGAUGAUAAUGAAACAAGCCCCGUCCGAACCAGUACGCCUAGGAAAUCAUGGUUGUUAUUUCCAAAUCUCUCCAUGUUGGAUGUUAGCAACAACCUUUUGCGUGAUUUGCCUACAACACUUCACGAGCUUACAAAUUUAUCUGUCCUGAACAUAUCUGGAAAUAUUGAUAUUACGGAGCUGCCACCUGAGAUGGGGCUCUUGUCCCGCCUCUGGAAUCUCAACACCCGAGCAUGUUCAUUACAAGAGCCUCUCAAGUCCAUGAUUGAAAGCAAGAAAUACAAAACUAUGGAUGUCAUUGGUUAUCUCAAGAGCAUACUAGAGGAUGCAAGACCAUAUGCAAGAAUGAAGUUGAUGAUAGUCGGAGUUCAAGGCAUUGGGAAGACUUCACUUCUGGAGCAACUACGGCAUGAAGGGACUGGAUCAUACAGAAAAAAACCAGCUGAACACUGGGCAAAAAGAAUGGGAAAUAAAAACAUCAAUACACGUACUUCACGAGGCACCAGCAUGUCCACUGUUGGUGUUGAUAUUGGAGACUGGAUAUACGAGAAAAAAGUUAGAGGCCAUAGUAACUAUGGUCCAGUGGUUUUCAGGACGUGGGACUUUGGUGGUCAAAAGGAAUAUUACGCUACACACCAGUACUUCCUCUCUAAGCGAUCACUCUAUCUUGUGGUGUGGAAGAUCAGUGAUGGGGAGAGGGGUGUUGCAGAAAUAUUACAGUGGCUUGUUAAUAUUCAAGCACGAGCUCCCAACUCUCCUGUUUUGAUAGUUGGCACUCACUAUGACCUUGUGAAAGAAAAGUUUCCACCAUCAUGGAGCGAAGAUCUACAGCAGCUGAUUCGUGACAAAUUUAUCAAUGUUAUUGACGCUGACAAACUGGGCUUACCACGAGUGUUGGAUACCAUAGAGGUGAGCUGCAAGACUAGACACAACUUAAAACUUCUAUGCAACUUGGUAUAUGAUACCGUCUUCAGUCUCAAAACUCCUGGAAGCAAAGAACGGUUACUUGAGCAGCGCAUCCCUGCCUCCUACCUUGCAUUAGAAGAUGUGGUUGGUGUUCUAGCUCUGGAACGGCGUGUUCAGGGCCGUGAUCCAGUUUUGCCUGCAGACAAGUAUCAGGCUCUUGUUACGCAAGAGAUGUCUAGCAGAGGCCACCGUCCGUUCAGAGAUGUAGCAGAGCUCAAUCAGGGCACAACCUUUCUCCAUGAGAAUGGUGUUAUGCUUCAUUAUGAAGAUGCAACUCUGAAGGACUUGUACUUCCUUGACCCUCAAUGGCUGUGUGAUAUGUUAGCCCAUGUGGUCACCAUAAGAGAAAUCAACCCUUUUGCACGUAAUGGUAUAAUGAAACUUGAUGAUCUUAAACACGUGUUCAAGUCAUCAACGUGUGCCCCUGUGGAUGCCAAGUCAUACAUAGUGAAUUUACUCAACAAAUUUGAGGUGGCUCUCACUUGGGACAACAGAACCCUACUAAUUCCUUCUCUACUGCCUUCGGAGGAGCAGCUGCGUAGUGGAUUACCCGGAAUGGAUGUUAGGGUAAAGAUUCCAGUACGUUCGAGAGGAUGGACUGUGAGAAGCAAGAAGUUCUCUAGCACGUCUGGAUCUACCAUUGUUGGUAAUUCUGCCUUCUACGUUGCUAAUACUGAGGAGCGUAAGCAACGACCAUUAUCUGCUCACGGACUUACAACAGAGGCUAUAGGGAGCCCUAAGAAAGAAAAUGCUGAACCCAGUACAACUCCAACUUUAGAAGCUCCAUCUCUCCAAGUAACCCAUCGUUCAGCUCCACACGCCGCGAUACGAAGACUGCUGCUGAUGUCAUAUUUUCCCUCUGGAUUUUGGUCCAGACUAAUUACUAGGAUAUUAGCAGAUGACGCAGUUGUUGACAUUAUUAGGAACUACUUUGUCAUGCCUCGAGAGGUUUUGAAUGACCGUGGCCUAUCGUCAGUCCUGGGUGGUCAAGCAGAAUGGGUAUGCUGGCAGACUGGUAUGGAGCUCCACUAUGCCCACACCACACUUUUCCGCAUGAGAGAGGUUUUGCCUAUACAUUCCUAUGGUCCAUGCCCGCCAUCCCAUGGAUCUCUUACUCCGACUCACGGCAUCAACCACCCCUCAACUCAACCCAAUCACUUUGUGUACGACUACAAGAGCAUGCGCUUCCUUGUCCGUCAAGAAGGUGUUUGGUCAGAUGUCGAGGUCAAUAACUCGGCUGUCCUAGAAAUAUGCCUUCCUAAUGAAGCUGUAGUGAUUAAACGCCCUGUCCAAGAAAAUGAUCUGACGAACUCAGCAGCAGAUAUCUUGGCUUCUGGCAUACAGUCUGUCGUGCUGGACCCAGCACCAGAAUGUGUUGCAAAGCUCCUCUCCCUUGCUGUUGACCAUAUUGAUACCUUAUUAGAAGACUGGUAUCCAACUCUUGGCACACGCUUUGUACACACAAGUGAAGGAAAGUUCCUAGUGACACGUCUGGUUCCUUGUCCUGUGUGUCUGGAGUGUCACGGUCAGCAUGAAGGACCUGGCAACCAUCCUCAAGCCCGACACUUGCCUGACAAUUGGGGAUCAUUUGUAGAGAUGAACCCUCUGUACUGCUCUAUGACUGCCUCUCAGAUCUCUCAGGUCUACCAAACACCAGGAUCAGGAUCUGGGGUGAUUAUGAAGGAUCUGACUGCUUCACAUAAUUCUUCUUUGGAGCGUUCCCUCCUCACUAACAGUAUACUGGGAAGUUUGGCUCCAUCUCAUCAGAAUAUUCCUGCAACUAUUCAGUUUGGUGGAGUAUCAUCACCUCAACCAGGAGGAAGGUCCUCUUCAUCCUCAACAGCUGCAGGGGGAGGUGGAGGAAUUUCUCCUGCUGGAGCUGCAGGUGGAGGAAGUAUGUCACCACAGCUUCCAAGACGUAGCUGGGGGUCACGCGAGUCAUACACCUCAGAUGGUGACAGUGGUGUUGGGGCUGAAUCAACCACUUCAAGUCGCAAAGCAUCUGCCGAGGGAAGACCUGAUCUUGACAACAGUGGCAAAAAUGAAGGAGAGAGCUCAGGAGGUCAAGAGGUGACACCAGUUGUGUAUUCCUUUAUGGUGGAGGAAUGCAUUUUGGCUGCCUACACAGCCAGAUCUGUGCCCUGCCCACUACAUGCUGACUUACUUCUGGCUCAAAUUGCUCCUGACACAGUAUUUCUGGACUUGGGCGAUAGAUACCUGGUUCGCCCAGACGUGAUCAAGCAAGGAAAGUUGCUGGGACGUGGUGGGUUUGGUUUUGUCUUCCAGGGCACGUGCCGAAACAGAGUCAAUGGGGCACCUAUGGAUGUUGCACUAAAAAUGUUACAACCUGUUGAUCCUGGUAACAAUGCCCGCCAGAGUGCCAUUGUUGCAUACAAGGCCGCUCAAAGUAAGUGGGAACGGGAUCCUCUGCAGUACGCAUGUAAAGCUUAUUGUUCGGCAAGGCAAGAGGUGAAUAUCUUGCUAUCUCUGCGGCACCCACACAUUGUACCACUUGUUGGCGUCUGUCCACGUCCACUUGCUUUAGUUCUAGAAUUAGCACCUCAAGGAGCCUUGGAUCAGUGCCUGAAGCAUUACCAACGCUCUGGAGCUAGACUCUCCCUCCACACGCUUCAGGCUGUAAUUCUGCAGGUUGCCAAGGCUCUUGAGUAUCUCCAUGGCCAACACAUUAUUUAUCGAGACCUGAAAAGUGAGAAUGUGCUUGUGUGGGAGUUACCACCUCCAUUUCACCAUCAACCUCAUCCUAAAAUAGAUGUCCGGCUAGCAGACUAUGGUAUCAGUCGAUCAAGUUUGCCAACCGGCACGAAAGGUUUCGGUGGGACAGAAGGCUUCAUGGCCCCCGAGAUGAUGCGACAUAAUGGAGAAGAAGAGUAUACCGAGAAGGUUGAUUGCUUUUCAUUUGGCAUGUUCAUGUAUGAGCUACUCACAACACAUCAGCCAUACGAGCACUGCGACAAUGUAAAGGAACACGUCCUGGAAGGUGGCAGACCAGCUUUGACACACCGGGAAACAGAAUACCCAGUGUAUGUACUGGAUCUGAUGGUGAUGUGCUGGUCCCAGCAGCCUCGUCUUAGACCGUCUGCCUCUCAAAUUGUGUCAAUUGCAUCAGCGCCGGAGUUCACUCAUUUGUUAGAUGUUGCCUCUCUGGAUCACUCAUUAAAUAUAAUGGAUGCUAUUCGAGUACCUCCGUCUAUAGGAAGGGAUGAAGAUGGGGAAAUAGUGGUUCGUGACCAAGGUAGUGUUUGGGUAAGCCGCACAUCACCUCAGUUGGAUAUGGUGGGAGCUGGAGAAUGGGGAUGGGGAGCCUACACUAGCAUUGAGGGUCUUCCUGAUACAAUCACAGCCAUGUGUUGUGUGGGAGAAUAUGUUUGGCUUGGCGAUAAUGCUGGAAAUAUCCAUGGUUAUAACAUGACAGAUUACGGUCGUGUGUUUAGCUACUGUCUGGAACCAGAUGCCCCUCAGUCAUCCCCAGUCCGAUCACUCUGCAGUCUCCAUGCUCUUGGGAGAGUAGCUGUUGCUCUUUGCAAUGGUCGUCUCUUCUUGUGUAGCUCUGACGUUACACCAACAUCACCUGUCCUAGGAGAGGGCAGUUUUGUUAUGACGGAGUUGGCUGGUUCUACGCAAGAGAUUCACUGUCUUGCUGUCUCUCAGACUCUCACCACAUGGUCUUUGUGGUGUGGAGGCAGCGAAGGUACCAUGAGUGUGUUUUCCUUGCGAGAUGAUGGCUUGGUCUUGAGUCAGGAUGCAGUCUCUCACUUCACAACUUCAACACCACCUACAACUAGUGACACAUGUGAUGUCUUGAUUCUUCAUGCACCACAAAAUCUUACUACUGUUGCACCACAUCUUAGAAGUUCCAUCUGGUCAUAUGUUUAUCCUGGUUGUGUGGUGUACCACUGGGAUGCCAAGGAGCAGAAACUGGUUAAUCGCCUAGAUUGUUCCAAGUUGGUACCGUGCUCAGAAAGCUUACAGUCUAUUAGUAUAGAAGAGCACUUGUCUCCAUCUCAUUGUCAAGUAUCAGCAGUGGCAGUAUGUGGUAGCGAAGUCUAUGUUGGCACCACUUGGGGAUGUGUUGUUGUAGCAGAAGCAGAAUCAAUGCGCCCAAUUACAGUGUUCAGACCAUAUGAAGAUGAAGUACGUGCUAUAGUUCCUCUCCCUCCAUCAUCAGUUAUUUUAGAUCAAGAUGGAAAUAUUGAAGAUGCAACAGAUGCAACAGAUCUAGACAAUGAAAGAAGAUUUACCCCAACGCCAUUACUAGCUACAAUUGGGAAAGGUUAUCGUAAUCUAUUAGGACGUUAUGCACCAAUGCCCCGCUCUGCACAGCCUGAACCAGCAGCUCAGAGAGCUAUGUAUUGUUUACUCUGGAGAGCUCAUCAUUGGCUUAAUACAUGAAGGGCAAUGUGUGUGUGCUUAGGAACAUAUUUGAUAAUAGAUGUGUCAAUAAUGAAAGGCCUUUUGCGCAGUCUCUGUGAGACAUAAAUAUAUUGCAAAUAAUAGAUAAAGUCUUGCUGUGCAUUUUUAUUUUUUAUUUUUUUUUAGCUCAAAAUGACUUACAAGUCACAGUUUUAAAAGAUUUUAGGUUGUAUUAAAGCAAUUAAAUCUCUGCUCUGGCUAAUCAUUGCUGUACAAGUCUGCAAAUUCAUGCAACUGACUAAGACGGAUGCAGCUAGAAUCAGUGAAGACUGCUUAAGUUCAGUCCAGCCAUAGUUACAUAAACAAUCACGGUGAAAACGAUCAUUGUUUUGUGAAAAUUCAAUAUUUUUAUUAAACAGUAAAUCUUUAUUAUAUUAUUAUUAGAACCUUAAACUCCAAUGAGGAAAGAUUUAGCUACAGAAUACAGUACCACUAAUUUAUAUUUACACUAAGUCCAGGAAAAUUUGGAAUGGUUGUUAAAAUAUUCAUAAACUACUUUUACUAAGGUAUAAACCUCAUAUAUAUAACUAAACAAUGUGAUCUAUUUUCACAAGAAUUUUUGUUUGUAAAUCAUACAAUAAAUUGCCUUAAAUAUUACUUAAUAUUAGGUGGCAGCUUGAAACAUUUUUAAAUAUGUUGACAUUAAUUUUUAUAGCUGCAUUGUAUGACAGUUUUUGUAUUUCUGCCAGUACAGAGUCCCCUACACUGGAAGUGCUUCAAACUUAUUUUCAUUAUUUUCCAUUUCGUGAUAAUAGCUAAUGGGAGAUAUACACUAAUGGUUAUAACAAAAAUGUCAGUACAUCUCAUUUUAUAGUUGAUAUUUUUACCAAAGAAGAAUAUUCCAGGAAGACUUGUAUGUAACAAUUCUAUUUAAUCAGCUAUGAUUUAAUGUGUAUUUCUAUGUAAAGUAUAACAUAGCACAAGUGUACUACUACUAAACUCUCACAGCGCUUUGUCAGUAACAUCUAGCUGACCCACAUCUCUUGCUCUCUAGUCAUUAACUCGUUUAUUGUGAUAAUCUAUUCUUGAUAACUAUGUUAACUUUUCUCUUAUUACUGUACCUUUGAUUCCAUUUUGGAGAAGACCCAUUUUUAUUUUGGGUAUUCAUUAAUUAUAUUCCCUAAUUCAGCUGAAAACUCUUGGUUAUUGUACAAGAACUUUGUUGGGAUAAACUUCAUACAACCGAUGUUGUCCAUCCACGUGAUUUAUUGGAUUGAAAUACAUUUUCAGUACCAAAAUAAUAAAUAUGAAAAUGA